UUGUGUGUCAUUGUGUGAAGUUUUCUUUAUUACGUGUUUUUUUCUUUUCUAGCAGUGCAGUAAUUGUUGGUUCUAAAGCAGAAAGGUCUAAAGUUCCCACCAUGACAUUCUCGGAGGAUGGCGACAUGGAGACCUUUGGCUCCGAGCUGCCAGCCAUGUUUGAUGGCAUGAAGCUGGCCGCAGUGGCUGCAGUCCUCUACGUCAUUGUGCGCUGCCUCAAUCUGACGAGUUCACCUGCGGCCCCAGAGAUCAUCAGUCAGGACACGCCGCUCAGCCGAUACCUGCUCAAGUCCUGCCCCACGCUGUCCAAGGAAUACAUUCCUCCCUUACUGUGGGGGAAGAGUGGUCAUCUUCAGACAGCUCUGUAUGGCAAGAUGGGACGUGUCAGCACUCCAACACCCUGCGGGCUUCGUGUAUUCCUCCCGAUGCAGGACGGAGCCACAGCCACCUUUGACCUGUUUGAAGCUCUUGGAGAGCACAGCACAGGAGAUGAUGUUACUAUGGUAAUCUGCCCUGGGAUUGGUAACCAUAGUAAGAAGAACUACAUUCGAACCUUUGUGGAUUACUCCCAGCGGCGGGGUUACCGCUGUGCCGUCCUCAACCAUCUGGGAGCUCUGCCUGACAUGGAGCUCACCUCGCCGCGCAUGUUUACCUGCGGUUGUACUUGGGAAUUCGGGGCCAUGGUGGACUACAUCAAGCGUACCUUUCCCCAAACACUGCUGGUGGUUGUAGGCUUCAGUCUGGGAGGAAACAUAGUGUGCAAGUUCCUGGGAGAGAAUCGGUCCAACCAGGAGCGAGUGCUGUGCUGCGUCAGCGUCUGCCAAGGAUACAGCGCCCUCAGGGCCCAGGAAACAUUCCUGCAGUGGGACCAGUGUCGACGCCUUUAUAACUUUGUGCUGGCAGGAAACAUGAAGAAGCUCAUUCUGUCACACAGGGGCAGUUUGCUGGGCAUGUCCUCCAGCAAUAUUGCUGAUGCAGACCUCAACAGGCUGUACACAGCUACCUCUCUGAUGCAGAUAGAUGACAACAUAAUGAGGAAAUUCCACGGCUACGGCUCCUUGAGGGAGUACUAUGAGAAGGAGAGCUGUGUGCACUAUAUUCACAAUGUAUCUGUACCGCUCCUCCUGAUGAACUCCUUAGAUGAUCCUUUAGUUCAUCGGUCACUUCUGGCUAUACCCUGCAGACUGGCAGAGGAGAUGCCCAAUGUGACGUUUGCACUGACUGAGCACGGAGGCCACAUGGGCUUCUUUGAAGGAGCCGUGCUUUUCCCUCAGCCCCUCACCUGGAUGGACAAGGUCAUAGUUGAAUACACCGACGCCAUCUGCAACUGGGAGAGGCAACAGAAGGGCUGCCAGGGGACCGCAGAGCCAAACACGCAUUCAUGGCUGAAACCCAGUGGAUGACACCUGCAUACCUGAGGCUUUGACCUCAUGAUCUUACAGUAAUUCACAGAAAAAUCUCAGCAGAUUAGGUUUAAUCCUGCUUGGGGUAACAGCAGUGAGUGUGAUGUGAUCUAACACUGAAUAACUGCUUCUUUUAACCACUAAUCUACCAUCUCCUUCAUAGAAACUGCAGAGAGGCGCACGCCGACUCUGAACUGCUGGUAGCUUUAUUUAACUCGCUAUUCUCUGAAAGCUGCAAAAAAAUAAUCACACUGACUCAUAAACGUAAUUUGUCGAUCUGAGAUAUAACGCUGAUUAUAAUCCCUCACAACUCCAACCAGAACCAGCAGGACUUCCUGUACCGUUUCCACGGCUGCUUUCCAGGUUAAUAUAUAAAGUUUGAUGUUUUCAGACGUCUUUUAGCUCUUUUUUUUGAUAGCUAAAUUAUUGUUCUGUUCUGUAUGAGCACUUUAAAUCGCUGUGCUUCGGCAGCAUGAGAGAGCUUGAACCAUUCCAAGGACUGAUCCACAGCACUUUAUUUUAUUGAUCUGUAGUUUACAUUUCAAUCUGUCCCACAAAUAUGACAGAAACAGUCUUUUUUUUUAUUGCUUCGAGGCUUUAUUAUAAACUCCAUGUGGCUGACCGCCUCAGAUUAAAUGCCAAAUUGUAAUAGUUUAAGCUGCUUACAAAUUUCCCUCAUUAGUUAAAUACUUGAAACAAAAGCUGUCGUCUCUCACAGCAACACAUUGUGCCAGAAGCAAAAGAAUAUGAGAUUUUUUUUUUUUUUUACAAGAAAUUAUGUUUUAUCUUUGAAGUAAACUCUUAAAUACCUGCAGCAGAUGAUACAACUGCACCAGCAGUGAUCUUUGUAAAACUCUUUCUGAGAAUGAAGGAAAAAUACGGAUGUGUAAAACCGAAACAAA